AUGAUGUCAUAAUCAUUUUUAUUAAUGAUCCUUUUUUUACACUUUGUCUCUUUUCUUUACAUCUUUUUCUUUUUCUUGAACAAGACAAGCAUCCAAAAAUGUAUGAUAACUUUAUAAUUGUUAACAAAUCAAAAUCGAUUAUUGAACAAGAACCGAAUCCAUUUGAACAGAGUUUUGCUGCUGUCUCUCCUCCAAAGUUUGAGUUUAUUCAAGUGAACCAAAAGUGGGCAUCCGACAAUUGUAGUUACAAAUCAAAUGCAGGAACAGUGAGUAGUGCAGAUAGUGAUGAUGUGAUAAUAAAAAGUAAGCCCAGUACAAGCAAUCAUAAUUCCAAGCCAAAAAAGCCAAGGAAGCGUGCUCCAAGAAAGUUUGAUUGUGAAGAAAAGAGAAGGGAGUUCUUGGAACGAAAUCGGAUAGCCGCAUUAAAAUGUAGACAAAGAAAGAAGCAAUGGCUGGCUAAUCUUCAAGCACGUAUUGAUUUCUUAAUACAGGAUAAUGAACAUCUUGAACUAGAGACAAAUGAACUAAAAAAGGAAAUUAUGACACUAAAGCAAUUACUGCUAACCCAUAAAGACUGUCCUCAUUACAAUAUGAUCGAUAAUCAAGAAAAACAAAGUUUACAUACCUAUUUAACGUCUGAGCAACAGCAACUGGAAAAUCCCGUAUUUAUUUAAGAAUCCACUCAUUCAUCGAUUACUCUAUGUUGUAAAAAUUAUAGUCUAAAUCUAGACGUACACUCACACAUAUCCUUUAUUCUUAUUCAUAUAAUUAUAUAUUAUGUAUUGUAUGUAAAAAAAGAGAGAGAGAACUACUCAUGUCAUUUAUGUACUUUAAUGUUUAUACGAUAAUAAAUUUAAAAACUCUAUUUAAAUAACCUUAGUCCGUUGCUAGUGCGCGCGCGACAUAAAGCGCUAUAAAAUGUGGGGAAACAAUAAGGAGAGGAAUAAAGGGAAGAGAUAAUGAGAUUUCCAG